ACCACGCAUGAAAAUAUCUGUUGCAUUUAUGCUAUAUAGAAGGGAGCCAAAGAAGAGUGCCUCUGGUUUUACGGUGGAGUUCAGUCACUUCAUCUAUGGUUCAAUUUAACGACAUUUCAGCUGUAAGUGACCGUUAAUAUAACUGCGACCACUUUAUAAUAGUAACAGCAUCGGUCGCGCGCCAGAACCCCUUAAAAGGAGCUGUCUAAACGACUACUGUACGGCACAGAUAAUGCUGGGGUAUUGGUCCUACUGACCUUAUUUACCACCAGUAGGGUUGUCAAAUAUGGCUUGUUAUUUCACUCACCGAGGAGACAUCCUAUUGGAAGACGGGAACCCUCCUUUUCCACUCCCACUUAUACCAAAUAAUAUGUAAUAUAUGUAAUAUAAAUGUGUAUAUAAAAUCUCAGAAGCUACGGUGUGCAAGGCAGGGAGUAAUCCGCGAGCCUGCAGAGCGCAAGAGGGUAUAUAAAAUGUAUGCAUGGAUAUAUAUUAAAAUACAUUUGAAACAUAUUGAUAAAACACACUUUAUGAGUAGACAAGCGUAAAGCAGUUUAUUAUACCGUCUUCAACGGACAUGAUUUUAAGUCAAGCUGGUGAGAUAACAUAUUAACAUAUCUUGUAAAUUUUAAAUGAGGACAAGGGAAGCAUGUCAUGACUCCCACGAAAGUUCGAAUUAAGUAAGGAUUAGUAAGGGAUUCCUGAUGCUCAAAGAAACUGGCAAUUUUCUCGUGCGCUUAAUGAAGAUGUCCCGUUUUUCUACGGUUUACGGUAAAUGCGUGCGCAUUCUCUAAAAGUGAAAGUGGUUAUAGAAUUGUAACGAAGGGGGAGCAACAUACUGAAUCAGAUCUCAAGUAAAACCUGGAACACAUCGGAUGCGUGGCGGCUGCGAAAAGUAUUGAUCUUCAUUUCGGCGCCCACAAUAACAGACAAUGCGACCACGCGGCACGCGCCUAUUUUUGGCGUGUGAGGUACAACUAAGAAAUUGACCAAAGGAAAUCUGAGAACUGAACAAGAGCCGAGGGAUCCGUUGAAUCCAGCGGAAAAUGAAUGAAUGAAUGCUCAUUACAGAUGACUUCUUGGUGCACUUUGUGCAACAAAAGACUUUGACAAUGGAACAUAUCACUACUCCAAGGACUGUGAAAUCAACAACAUUUAAACAAGGAUAAACACAAUAACUGAAAAGUGCAUACAGUCGUCUAAACGUAAAAAUGAUUUGGCUCCUCUCCAAAUUUUCUCUCCAGAUUGCUCGACGGAAGGUUCAGACAAGCCGACACUCACGAUGUUCCAGUCCUGUAUGGCAGGGCUUUGUCCUCUGCUUUCUUACAUUUGCUGUUUUGCUGCCGUUGUCCUGCUACAGGUUGCUUUACUCGUAUUACUUCAUUAAGUCCUGGUACCUGAACUCCAUGAGUGAUGAGGCUCUGGAGGAGAGUUACAGGAGAGGGCAGGAAGCCUUGAAAUUCUGGCAAGACCAGGGUUCCACUCUGCCGGCAGGAUUUGUAAACAGUGACAAUCAGGAGAAACCAGAGCUUUUGGUGACGGUGGUGACCGCUCUGCGGUCCCAGGGCGGCGAGUACCACUAUUUGCUGCAAGUAAUGCAGCAGCUUGUGUCACUGGUAGGGGCUUGUCAAAGGCCGGGGUGCCUCCAGGUGCUAGUCUGCGAUGUGGAAAGCAGUCCCCAGGAAAAUGAGGAUGUCAGACUGCUGGAAACAAAGGUCCGAGUUGUUCGAAGGUCCUUAGAAGAAUUGGAGGAGAUAAGAAAAUACCUGAACAUAUUCGAGAAGGAGAAAAGAGACUAUGUUUUUUGCCUGAGGAAAGGGUGGAACUUAAUACAGCCAAAAAAUGUUGUAGUCCUUGAGGAUGACGCUUUGCCAACAGUGGACUUUUUUCCAGUGAUAAAUAAUUUGCUGUCACGUCGGUUCUCCUCUCAGACGUUGUAUGUUAAGUUGUAUCAUCCUGAGAGGCUACAGCGAUACUGGAACCCAGAACCAUACCGGAUUUUGGAAUGGGUGGGCUUGGGCCUGGUUGGGGCCACUGCUCUGUUGCUGUUCUUCAGUGCCUGUGCUGCUGUGUCAUUCUCCUUUUCCGCGGCCCAUUUCCUCUUUCUCACCCUCUAUAUCAUGGCUGCCGUUGAGCUAAUGGGGAGACACUACCUCCUGGAAGCACGCCGCCUCUCCCCCCAGCUGUAUGCCGUCUCCCCGGCAACCGAGUGCUGUACUCCAGCCAUGCUGUUUCCUGGCAACGCAUCCCUCAGGGUUGCCGAGUACCUUGACCAAGUGUUCUGCUUCAGGGGCAAUGCGAAGGACACGGUCCUUUACCACAUCGUGAGAUCGAUAGGGGGAGAGAGGGCACACAGCCUGGAGCCCAAUCUCAUCACGCACAUCGGUGCUUUUUCCUCUGUCAGGACCAAUCCAUCCCAUCCUCGCUUAUUGUGAGGGGCUCCGGGUGCCAGUUAGAAGUGGGUAAGCACAGCAAUUUUGUAGCUUGUUUGGUUAAGCUAGUUUGGUUAAAACCAAACCAGUGCAUCCGUGAAAGUUCCAGCAGUCCGCAUGGAUUUUUGUAACACUUUCACUGUACUGAAUGUAAAAGGGUAGAUAUAUAUAAAACCAGCUCAAAUGCAAAUUAUUAUUACAGUGAAGAUACUCCAGUCAAUCCAAACACUGUGUAAGCUGGGCAUACACUGUGCGAUUUUUCCAGGUUUUGUAAACACCCAACUCAAAUUGUACGACUAAAUCGCAAGUGAUCAAAAGGCAACGGUCACGAUUUAUGUCCACACACUACACGGUCUGAUACUCAGAUGCAACUUGACUGCUCACACUACACGAUGCUCACACUACAAUAGGAACACGUCAGACUCCCGUACCCGGAACUGUAAACGUUGACAAAGAAGCAGCAGAAGUAGAAGAACCUGCAUCAGUGGUGAUGCUCACCAAAGCAAAACGCGCUGCUUUGGCCUUUCCUGCAAUUUUGUGUGAAGAAAAAUCCAAAAAGAGGAGGCGCCAGUGUGUAUGGACAUGAAGAUGGCUGGGAAGACGUGGACAAUACGGCCAGUUUACAAUGAGAACUGGAGGAAAGCAGCAACAGAUGAAUUACAUUGCAGAUGGCCUGAUACCUACAUAGAACUUAUUUUUUGCAUUACAGCAUGCCUGCUUGUUCAAAUGUUCAGGCCAGUUAUGUUGCGUUUAUUCAAGUGCAAUUUAUCACAGUCCUUAAACCUCAAUGUUGUGUUUACCCUGUAGCACAAAAGAUCCCACCACCAAACAGUUUCAGACAACUGGCUAUAAUGAUAUUCAACACCUAUGCUGCCUUGCUGUAUUAAUAUUAGUUUUGUGUAAAUAGAUGGAUGAUAUGAAGGGUUUUCAGGACAUUCUUAGAAUGACUUCAGUUUCCUCCUGGAGAGGGUAACUCCACGUAUUAUAAAGAGGGAUACCCACUUAAGAAAGGCGAUCAGCCUCAAGGACAGGCUUUCAGUUACAAUACGGCUUUUGGCAACAGGCAAGUGUGCACACAUAGGCUGUCUAAUCUCAUUUUUGAGUACUUCAGUUCUGUGUUUGCAUGUGCGCAGUGAGGACAACCCACUCAGGUUGAAGUGAGUCGGCUCGUGGCUCUGCUUCCACAGUAUCCCCACAACGGGCAAACAGAAACACGUUUGAUUUUCUCACGAUCAUCCAGCUGCUGGUCGGGACCUGAUCAGGAGGGGAGGAAUCGGUGCUCUUUACAUCCUGUGUACUAUACGAUAUAUGAUGCAUGAUCAAGCUGAAAUUCGGCCUGAUUCCAGGAAUUAUCGCACGAGUGAAAAAUUGGCUCAAAAUGGGCCGGAAAUCACACAGUGCAUAACCAGCUUUAAGUAGCUUGAGCAAAAAGUGCAAUUGUAAUAGUGCAAUUAUAAGUGCCUUGUAAUGCAAUCAAAUCAGAAAUCAAUAGAAAAGAUAAAAAUGUAUGAUCCUUUCAAAUCUAGGCAACUAUAUCUCAGAUGAAAAUCACUGAAAGAUCCGGAAAGAUUCAUUCAGUGACACAGAUGCACUUUUUUUUAUUUCGCAGAUUAAGUGAUGUAUCACAAAUUAGUCUUUUCAGUAACACUUGAAUACACUAAAUGGUAUAUAUCUGUUUUUGUUAAUAGAAAUGUAAUUUUCUGUUUGCAUUAAUAUAACUUGAUAAUCAGUAGGAUUUUAAAUAUUUUAAACAAUUGUUUCUACUGUAAAGGAGAUUUACACUGAAAAUGUGUUAAAAUCAUGCAUCACAGUUUAUUGAGUUGAAGCAAGUUUGAAACAAGAAAUAAAAAUUGUUUUCUAUUGA